GUGAGUUUUAUACUUCAUUCACCUGGUUAAUGUGCCCCUGAAGCUCACGCGCCCGCGUGCUGCGUAACACGGAAGCAGUGAUGACGCCGAAGAACCGGCUUAAAAGCGCCGUGAUGUCGUCGGUGAAGCAGCGGUACCGCGACAUCAGUCCUGUGACUCUGCAGCUGAUGGGCGGGGCUGUGAACUCCAGUCUGUACUGUGGGGAGGUGGAAGGUAUGUCGGGGGGGCUGGUGGAGUCCUUUAUGGUGGAGCUUUAUCGCUGUAAACUUUGUCAGUUCACCUGCGGCCUGAAGGCCUCCAUCAGCAGCCACCUGCAGGUCAGGCACCGUCCCCUCACGCUCACGUACCUGGAGGAGGGCAACGUAGAGGGCGGGGCUGAUGACAGAGAGGAGGCAGGGCUCCGCCAGGGGGCGUCACCCUAUCAGUUUGAUCUGAGCGCGGAGUCGAAGCAGAGCGACGAGGAUGAAGACUUCCUGCUCUACAACAUGCUGGACAACAUGAGCCCGCCCACCUGUGACAUCAGCAGCGAGGGUGGGCUGCAUGUUGCGCACACCUGUGAGGUGAGCACUCUCUUUGAGGAGGAGUCCUCCAUGUUCCCUCUUAAGGGGGGUUCAGUGGAUCUGUCUUGUCCCAUCGACCCCCCCGCCACCCAGGAGGAGAUGGCGCAGUCCGCUCACCUCAUGACUUUGGGGCUGUGUCGCAUCUCGGCUACCAAACCUCCUCCCUCCUCCAGACCCCCCUGCCCUCCACCUGAGGACUCCCCCUGCCUGUCUCAGCCCGGCAGCCUGACGCAGAGCGAGAUCAGGACCAGGACCAGGACGCCUCCCUCCAGCAGGCGGAGGCUAUUGUGCCUCCUGUGCCCUGCGGUACUGCCUUCCAGGCGGCUGCUGGAUGUCCACGUCCGAUCUCACCGGGUGGCUGGCGGGUUCAGCUGCGUCUGCUGCAGCUGGACGGCCGACAGCUGGGAGGAGCUGGAGCCACACUGGAGGAGCCACUGCAGGAGGAGGAGGAGGAGGGAGGAGGAGGAGGAGGAGGAGGAACAGGAGGAACAGGAGAAGAAGAAGAAGAAGAAGAAGAAGAAGGCGGCAGCAUCCAGGCAGUUCAGCUGUCCGGUCUGUCUGAGGAGAUUCGGGAGCGCCACCUCACGGAGAUCUCACAAACAAACACGCCACAGCGACCACUCAGACGGAUGGAGGAGCCGGCUGAUUGGACGAGCAGGAGGGAAGGAGCCGGAGCGUCCAGACAGAAACCAGUAUCUGUGCGUGUUGGUUCCCAGUCAGACCAGCAGACGGCCGAGUGCCACAGAGGAGAAGAAGAAGAAGAAGAAGAAGAAGAAGAAGACCAGAAGUAGUGAAGCAGAAGAGAGGCAGGGCAAGGAGACGGGUUUCUGUUGCCCUCUGUGCCACAGGAAGUUCUCCACUAAGUUAACUCUGAGGCGUCACCUGGGGACGCACGGAGGAGAGCGACCCUUCACCUGUCCUCACUGUCCCUACAGCAGCAGACUGAAGGCCUCACUGCUGCAACACCUGAGGACACACACAGGUGAGAAGCCGUACAGGUGUACUGAGUGUCCGUAUGCUUCCAUAGAUCGCAGCUCUCUGCUCAGACACAGUAGAACUCACAGCCAGGAGAAACCGUACAGCUGUCAACACUGUGACUACAGCAGUAUCCAGAAGAAGAGUUUGGACCUCCACGCUCGCCGCCAUCACACCGGCGAGGCGUUCCCAUGCCAACAGUGUAACUACUCGAGUCCAGACCGCCAGCUGCUGCUGAGACACAUCCGCAGACACCACGCCUGUGACCUCACGGGGGAUCGGACACUUUGAUCGUGGGCGGGGCUACUGUGUCCCAUUUGAUGGUUUUUAUUGUUUGUUUGUUUGUUAUCUGCUGGAUAUUUACAGUUUUUUACUCUAUCCAGAAUAUUUCCACUGUGACAAAACUAGCAAAUUUUACAAAAUGACCUGUCUCAAUAAAACUCUUUCAGGUUUCAAUAA